UCAUUAUUCUAUUAUUCGAAAGGUUUUUCUUCUUUUCCAUUAAAAUGCAUUACCGUGACACGUUCUUCGAAAGCAACUGCCGUCAUGUAGCGAUUUCUGGUCUCUGUAAUCAUCUUGCAAAAAGAAAAGACAAUUGUUUGAAAGGUACGCAAUUGCGCGUGCUACCGGUGGUGUCGGUUGAUUCGGUUGAUCAAUUAGUUGAGAACACUGCGAUCAGAAAUAGAACGAAUAACGCGUCUAAGCAGGUAGAAAUCUUGUUUGGGAUCGAUUCCAAGGAGUAAACGCAGAAAGGGCAGAAAAGAAUCCGUAAAGAGAGAAUCGAAGGAAAUCGGUUCGACGAAGGAGUAAAACGACUAAAAUAUUCCCCGAACGUAUGCGUUCGAACGAAUGGCUGGGUCGCCGAACAUGAAAAAACGAGGUGUGUAUUACGCGGAUAGAAAUAGAACGAUGGAAUUUGCACUAAGGACGUUUCGUUGAGCUGGCUUCGCGCAACUUGGCUGGUCAACGUUGGUCGAAGAUGUAGCUGGCACGCUAUUUAUAUCUGUUUAUUAAAUGCGAAUCCGAAAUACGCACGUAACAGUUUGAAAGCGUCUCGCCGAAAUGUUUCUUGCACGUUUCUAUCUUACGGAUCGAUCGCGUACGGUCUAACGGUUAAUAUCCGAAUGAUUCGACGACGAAACGAAACGCGCAAAGUAUGGGAUUCGAUGGGAUUGCGAUUAAACCACGAGUAGGCUGGUAAAACCAUUGAAUCGUCGACAAGGCGAUGGCUCGGAAUCAUUACGAGAUAACUUCGAAGCGACGCGAAGCCGAGGAUAUAAGAGGCCGUCGACCGUAUUUGCGUCACUAAGUCUCUAUCGUUCAGAGAAACGGCGUCACGUUUUUCUAGAAACGCAUCGGUGUUUAACGGAUUGUGCGUUUCUCGCGAUCAUUCGAGAAACUAAAAAUUAACGUGUAUACACAGGCUUCAUCGGUGUGACGCUAUCAGAAUGCGCGAAUGCAUAUCCAUUCACGUCGGUCAAGCUGGCGUGCAAAUUGGAAACGCCUGCUGGGAGUUGUAUUGCUUGGAACACGGGAUACAGCCGGAUGGUCAGAUGCCGACGGAUAAAACGUUCGGAGACGAUAGCUUCAGCACUUUCUUCAGUGAAACGAGCGCUGGGAAGCAUGUACCUAGAGCGGUAUUCGUCGACUUAGAACCUACAGUGGUUGAUGAAGUACGAACGGGAACGUAUCGGCAACUGUUUCAUCCGGAACAAUUAAUCACCGGAAAAGAAGAUGCAGCGAACAAUUACGCACGCGGCCAUUACACGAUCGGCAAAGAAAUCGUCGAUUUGGUGAUCGAUCGUGUACGGAAAUUAGCGGACCAGUGCACCGGACUGCAAGGAUUUUUAAUCUUUCAUUCGUUCGGAGGGGGCACUGGCUCGGGCUUCGCCUCCCUCUUAAUGGAACGUCUUUCCGUCGACUACGGAAAGAAAUCGAAAUUGGAAUUUGCUAUUUAUCCGGCUCCGCGAGUCUCCACCGCGGUCGUGGAACCUUACAAUUCCAUACUCACCACUCACACGACCCUCGAGCACUCGGACUGCGCUUUCAUGGUGGACAACGAAGCGAUAUACGACAUAUGUCGACGCAAUCUCGACAUCGAGAGACCAACCUACACCAACUUGAACAGACUGAUAGGUCAGAUCGUGUCCUCGAUAACGGCUUCGCUGCGAUUCGACGGCGCGCUGAACGUCGAUCUGACGGAAUUCCAAACGAAUCUGGUUCCCUACCCAAGGAUUCACUUCCCUUUGGUCACCUACGCCCCGGUGAUAUCGGCCGAGAAAGCUUACCACGAGCAACUUUCGGUGGCGGAAAUCACCAACGCCUGCUUCGAACCAGCGAAUCAAAUGGUGAAAUGCGAUCCUCGCCACGGCAAAUACAUGGCCUGUUGCAUGCUCUACAGAGGAGACGUAGUUCCGAAGGACGUGAACGCCGCUAUCGCCGCCAUCAAGACCAAACGCACGAUACAGUUUGUCGACUGGUGCCCAACGGGAUUCAAAGUCGGUAUCAAUUAUCAACCGCCCACAGUUGUACCCGGCGGCGACCUAGCGAAGGUACAGCGAGCAGUCUGCAUGCUAGCCAACACCACGGCCAUCGCUGAAGCCUGGGCACGGCUGGAUCACAAGUUCGACUUGAUGUACGCCAAGAGGGCUUUCGUUCACUGGUACGUUGGCGAAGGAAUGGAGGAAGGCGAGUUUUCGGAAGCUCGCGAGGAUCUUGCAGCACUCGAAAAGGACUACGAAGAAGUUGGCCUGGAUUCGGUCGACGUCGACGUGGACGCAGACGCAGACGCUACCGACGAAUAUUAACACUCGCCCCUAUUCUCGUUUCUCAGCACACAUUCGUGUUCACCCGGCGAGAACGAUCGGGGCGAGAUUCUCUAGAAUUCUGGCCGUGCAAACGAGAUCUGGAACGAAACGGAACGUAUCAGUAUCGCGCGAGGCGUAUGUAACGUAUACGAGCGGCGGCGAUUCUCACGACUUUCAGACGUAAUUUUGUUUUAUUGCAUUACACAAACGGGGGCUGGGAAGGCGAAAUUAAAUAGCGGAUUAAAUACAUCAGCGCGACGCCUUAACAAAUUAAAAACGUAAAAACAUUAACAGUACAAUAUAGUUCCUUAUCAUAGACAUAAUGCGAUGGCAGUCUUGAGUCCUGGAAAGAUGCUGUGAUUGUUGCACAAUUAGUUUUACUUCCGAUCUUCUAUUUCCUAUUUUCUAUUUCCUAUUUCCUAUAUUCAUUCGUCUUCUAGAUACGCACUCUUGAUUCGCAUUGCGAUCUUUGACUCUUCUGUCUCGCGUUGUCAUCGUUAUUCGGUUUCACUCCUUUGCGUUUGCGUUUGUGUUUGUGUUUUUCUCUUCUUUCUUCCUUCUUUUACUUAAUUAUUUGCAAUAAGCUUUUGUUCGUGGCAGUGUCUGUGAACGAACAAAGAAGGAAAGCAAUUAAUGCGAGUCGUGAAGCGAGGAAGGGAAACGGAAGGAUAAGAAAGGAAGAGAAAAAGGAAGGAUAACGGAUACGUGUAUGCGAUUUAAAUGUCUCUCGAUCGAACAAACACUUUCGAGGUGGUACAGAAAUGAGUAUUUCGUGUAAGAUUCAAGACGCCCGUGAAUGACAACACGAUUCAUACCGCUGCAGCAACCAUGACAAACUCUAACUAGCGGCUAAGAAGAACGAGUUCUAAGUUUACUGCGUCUAUGCGAAUUACAAUAGCGUCAGCUCGUCUACGCUAAGAUGAAAAAUGCACAGACGUAGAAACCUCCAUCCUACCUUUUCUUACUUUGCAACGUCUUCUCGGUAAUUCCAAAAUAUAGGAACGAACGGUAAUGGUCGCGAGCGAACGGUUUCCAACAAACUCUGUUAACGGACACGCCGCGCCAUUUCUUUCAAUCUUUAGAUCGAGGAAUCGUUGCGCAACUGUCUCCGAUGCGAUUCACGAGACUCCUCGGUCGCUCGGUACGGUACAAGUUAUUCAGAUGCAAGAUCGACCGAUCGAUCGUUCGAGAAUCAAAGAAAUCACACUUGAAAUUUUCUGACUUUAAUAUACGUACCAAAAUUAGGACUACCUACGCCUCGAGUGGCUUCUUCUUUUCUUUCUUCUUCUUUAGGAAUGACGGUGUCCUGAGGCCUUUUUUCUUCUUCUUUUCCUUCUUUGGCGAUUCCUCACUAACGCUCACAUCCUGCGACACGGAACCCUUAACACGGAAGGUCCCAACCGUAACCAUAAACCUUUAUGCAUGCACAUGCAAACAGC